AGACCGGAGAACAGACCGGAGAACAGACCGGAACAGACCGGAGAACAAACCGGAGAACAAACCGGAGAACAAACCGGAGAACAGACCCAGUUCUGAGGAUCAGUACAGAGACACGGACACAUGGCGGACUCAUCCGGACCAUAUGAGCGUCUGACAGCAGAGCAGAUGGAUGAACAGAGGAUCCAGAAUGUGGCCUAUCAGUACCUCUGCAGACUGGAGGAGGCUAAGAGGUGGAUGGAGGCGUGUCUGGGGGAGGAGCUUCCUGCUCCCACGGAGCUGGAGGAGGCGCUGAGGAACGGAGUCGUCCUCGCCAAACUGGGUCAUCGAUUCGCUCCGAACGCCGUCGCUGUGAAGAAGAUCUACGACCCGGAGCAGCUCCGAUACCAGGCGGUGGGUCUUCAGUUCCGUCACACUGACAACAUCAACCACUGGAGGAACGCCAUGACGACACUCGGCCUGCCAGCGAUCUUCCAUCCAGAAACUACAGACGUCUACGACAAGAAGAACAUGCCGAGAGCUGUUUACUGUAUCCACGCUCUCAGCCUGUACCUGUACAGACUCGGUCUGGCUCCUCAGAUCCACGACCUCUAUGGAAAAGUCAAGUUCACAGAGGAGGAGAUCAAUAACAUGAAGUCAGAGUUGGAUAAAUAUGGAAUCCAGAUGCCGGCGUUCAACAAGAUCGGAGGACUUCUGGCCAAUGAGCUGUCAGUGGACGAGGCAGCAGGCCAUGCGGCAGUGAUCGCCAUUAACGAGGCGGUGGACAGGGGUCAGCUGGAGGUCACGGCGGCGGCCCUGAGGAACCCCAACGCUCUGAUCUGUGACCUGCAGGAGGCGCUAAUGGGCGUCUAUCAGGAGAUGCUGCAGCAGGCCAAGGCCAUGAAGAAGAAGCAGGCAGCCAAUCGGUGUGGAGGUCAAGAAGAGAAAGAUAUCUACGAGGAGUUUCUGACUCGGAGAGAAAUCCAGAACAACGUCGACGUCGUCAACGUCCGGUCUGCGGUGGAGCAGGUGGAUGAAGCUUUGGACUCUGCAGAUGAACUCGCUCUGCUCUCCGCUCUGCAGCUGCCGUGUUUGGCCCUCAGGGGCCUCCGUAUGGACAACGGGCCCUGGUACCUGGACCAGCUGUCAGCAGACCGCCAGCAGAAUGCCCUGGAGGAGGGCUGUGUGGAUCCUCUGGAGCCUGAAGAGCUGCAGGAAAGUGUGACCAUCGCCAACCAGGAAGCUCAGAGCGCCAGAACCAUGAAUGCCGCGGUGCAGAGUAUAAACGCCUCGCUGCGUCUCAGUGACCCCCGGCGCACCGUCAGCUGUCUGAUGACCUCUGACCUCCAGCUCCCUGAAGUGUUCCCAUUUGCUGCGACUCUUUAUCACAGAGAGCUUCAGCUGCUGCAGAGACAGGCGGCCGAGGGGGAGCUGCAGCAGGAGGAGCUGUUCGUCGCCGUGGAGAUGCUGUCGGCCGUCGCUCUCAUCAAUCAGGACGUGGAGGAGGGACAUCUGCAGCAGUUCAGCUCCUCAUUGGUCAGUCCGUCUGCAGGACUCUCUGACGUGGACCUCACCCUGAUGGACAGAUACUUUGAGCGUCUGGUUGCUCUGAAGCAGCAGGUGAGCAGAGAUCUGCUGACCUGGAAUCAGCUGCAGGAAGGAAUCAACUCUGUCAACAACUCAGUGCAGGACGAACACCAACAGCUGCUGUCUGUCGGUCUGGUUAACGAGGCAGUGGUCAGAGGAGACUCUCAGAAGCUGCUGUCUGCUCUGCUGCUGCCCUCCUGUGUUGUGGAGGAGGUUCUACCUGCCAACACCUGCAGAUACCUGACCCUGCUGACCAGAGCCAGGCAACACAAAGCUCAGGUGAGCAGAGACCCAGGAGCUGAGCUGUGGUUGGCUGAUAUCCAGGAGGCCGUGAGGAGAGCCAAUCAGCAGAGUCAGAGAACUCUGAAGCUGUGUCUGUCAGUAGCUGCAGUGAAUCAGGCCGUGAAGGAGAACAAAGUGAAUCAGACUCUCCGUGUUCUGAGUUUACCUGAAGUUCAGCUGAACGGAGUCGUUCCUUCCUGCGCUGCAGAAUAUCAGAGAGAGCUGUUCAGUCUGAUCACCGACAGGACGCUCUCAGGAGACAACAGGAGUCCGUGGGUUCAAAUCCGGCUGGACGACGGCUCGUUUUACUACCUACACCUGAACAGACUGGAGGGCACCUGGGAGAAACCCAAAGGCUUCUUCAACAACAGUGUGUUCCUAGACCGACACCAGAUACAGGAAGUAGUCAGCAGUGUUUCCAACUCGCACAGUCGCAGCGCUCUGUGGAGGAGCAGAGAAGCCCUCGUCACUCGUCUGCAGGCGCUCAGUCGAGGGUUCCUGCUCAGACAGAAGCUGGAGGCUCGACGACAUUACCUGACCAGCCAGACACCUGCUGCCAUCACCGUCCAGUCUCACUGGAGGAGGUUCGUCCAGCAGGGGGCGUACAGACGCCGGCUGCAGUUUCUCUACAUGAACUGGAGAGCCGUUGUCAAGAUCCAGUCGUUUGUGAAGAUGUGGUCUGCGAGGAGAAAAUAUCGAGCUCGACUGAGUUUCUUCAGACGUCAUGUGGGCGCCGUCAUAAAGAUCCAGGCCUUCUUCAGAGCCAACAGAGCCAGAGACGAGUACAGGAUGCUGGUGCACUCGGCCACGCCCCCUCUGUCUGUGGUCAGGAAGUUUGUUCACCUGCUCGACAUGGGUGACGCUGACAUCAGAGAGGAGGCGGAGCAACUGCGUCUGAGGGAGGAGGUGGUGAGGAGUAUCCGCUUCAACCGACAGCUGGAGGCCGACCUGGACCUGAUGGACCUGAAGAUCGGUCUGCUGGUCCGCAACAGAGCUACACUGCAGGAAGUGGUGUCUCACUGUAAGAAGCUGACGAAGAAGAACAAGGAGCAGCUGUCAGACAUGAUGGACCUGGAGAGAAGUAAAGGACUGAAGGCUCUGAGCAGAGAGAGGAGGGAGAGACUGGAGGCCUACCAGCACCUGUUCUACCUGCUGCAGACCCAGCCUCUGUACCUGGCUCAGCUGAUCUUCCUGAUGCCUCAGAGUCGCUCCACCUCCUUCAUGGAGAUGUUGGUGUUCAGUCUGUUUAACUACGGCUCCGACUGCAGAGAGGCCUUCCUGCUGCUGCAGCUGUUCACUGAAGCGCUGCGCUACGAGAUCAGACUGAAGGUGGAGCAGCCUCAGGAGGUGGUCACAGGAAACCCCACCGUCAUCAAGAUGUUGGUGAACUUUUACCGCAACGCUCGCGGUCAGAAUGCCCUGCGGGAGUCUCUGGGUCCGGCUCUGCAGGACGUCCUGCUGGACCGGACUCUCAGCAUCAGGACCGACCCAGUGGACGUCUACAAGACCUGGAUCAACCAGACGGAGACCCAGACCGGACACAAGAGCUCUCUGCCCUACGAGGUCUCACCUGCAGACGCUCUGAGUCACCCUGAAGUCCAGAGACGCAUCGACAUCGCCAUCAUCAACCUGAAGAACCUGACGGACCGAGUCCUCAAAGCCAUCACCUCCAACCUCCACAAACUACCUUAUGGAUUACGUUACACAGCGAAGGUUCUCAGAGACGCUCUGAAGGCAAAGUUCCCUGAAGCCAGCGAGGACGAACUCUACAAGAUUGUCGGUAACCUGGUCUACUAUCGCUACAUGAACCCGGCCAUCGUGGCCCCGGACGGUUUCGACGUGGUGGAUCGGUCCGCCGGCUCGUCCCUGCAGCCGGAGCAGCGUCACAUCCUGGGCUCCAUCGCCCGGAUGCUGCAGCACGGCGCCGCCAACAAACACUUCCACGGGGACGGAUACCACGUCAGAGCGCUGAACCAGUACAUCAGCCAGACCCACUACAAGUUCAGGAAGUUCCUUUUGUGUGUUUGUGACGUUCCUGAACCAGAAGACCGGUUCAACAUGGACGAGUACUCUGAGCUGCUCAUCGUCAACAAACCCGUCGUCUACAUCUCCGUCAGCGAGCUGCUCAACACUCACCAGUUGUUGCUGGAGCACCAGGAGGUUUUGUGUCCGGACCCUUCAGACCCUCUCAGACUGCUGCUGAAGGACCUCGGAUCAGUUCCCACCCUGCAGGAACUCAUUGGGGAGUCUUCAUCAGCAGAUCCAGGAUCAGAGUCCAGUCCGUCUCAGAGCAGCAGGAUGGAGGUUUCUCUGACUCUCACCAACAAGUUUGACAUCUUCAACGAGUCCAAUGACAAACCAGAUGCCAGAGGACUGCUGCUCAGCACGAAGCAGCUGAUCAUUGAUGUCAUCAGGACUCAGUCAGGUGACUCUCUGAGUGACAUCCUGAGAGCCUCUGUGUCACAUGACCAGGAAGCGUGUCACGAUUGGCUGAUCCAGCGGCGAGCUCAGCAAGAUGCUCGCACACCUGAGAAGAUGAAGAGGAACCAGUCGCUGGUCGCCAACGGCAACCUGAGUUUGGAGGAGAAGAAGAGGAAGAUCCUGAGGUGUCUUCGUCGUCUGGAGGGACUCGGGGUCCUGAGACCACCUGAGACUGAGAACCAGGUCCUGCAGAUGAUCGCCAAGGACAUCCGUCAGCAGCGUCUGCACCGUCAGCGUCGGGCGGAGCUACAGAAGCUCCGUCAGACUCUCAGCAGCCUGCAGGCAAAGAGCAGCUUCCACAGCGAACAGGUGGACUACUACAGACAUUACAUCACUUCCUGUCUGGACAACCUGACCAACAGUAAAUCGACCAAUAAGAAGGCAGCAGAGAGCAAAGGGAAGAAGAAGCUUCCUGCUCUGAGCUACAGCGCCACCCGGCUGCAGGAGAAGGGAGUUCUGUUAGAGAUCCAGGACCUGCCAGCUACACAGUUUAAGAACGUCGUCUUUGACAUCGUUCCUGGACCUGAGAGAGGAAGCUUCAACGUCAAAGCUCGAUUCCUCGGCGUCGAGAUGGAAGAGUUCCUCCUCAAAUACCAGGACCUGCUACAGCUGCAGUAUGAAGGCGUGGCGGUGAUGAAGAUGUUCGACAAGGCGAAGAUCAACGUCAACCUGCUCAUCUUCCUCCUCAACAAGAAGUUCUUCAAGAAAUGAACCAAGUGAUUUACACUCCAUCUGUGUGUUUGUGUUUCUAUAUAGAUGUAUAUCUAUAUAGAUAUACAUCUUGUUUUUAAUAAGCUUUAUUGACAUGUGUGUCAUUACUACAUGGUUACCAAAGCUCAGUUACAUAAUAUAACUUUACUAACUUUACACUCCUAUCUCUGUUUUUAUAUCGCACUACUUUAUCUGUUUCUACAUACCUAACCUCUAGUAAAUAAAGCAGAGUGGAGCAUCUUCAGUCAGUGUAGCUCUGAUCUACCUGUGUUUGAAUCUCACUCCAAUGUAAACAGAGUGGGAUUAUUUGUUUCCCACUGAAACAGAACGGGCGUAGAACGGGCGUAGAACGGGCGUAGAACAGGCGGUCACCGUUACGGUAACGACUAAAAGCAGCGGUGGAUCGUAGAGUCUCAGCAGAGCGGACUCUGAGCUGUGGUCAUCUGACGAGGUCAAUAGAUCAUGGCGAUGGUUGUCAGUUGUCAUGGUGACAACACGACUUAGUGGAGCCAUAAAGUGUGUUGCGUCUGUAGAAGCCAAUUCAUACUUCCUGUAUUUUAUUACUUAUAAAGGGACAGUCGACAUGGUAACACAAAGAAAUGGCCGCCGCUCUGACCUCCAGCUACGAUGACCAAACCAGAACGUCCUCUCUACUUGUCUAUUCCUGUGACUCCUGUGUCUGAUGUCUUGAUUGACUACAGACAGGAUGAAGAUGAUGAUGAUGUCAUGAUGAUUCUUUGUUGUUGUUGAUAAAUACAGACACGAGCCAAAUCAAACAAAUAUGUAGAAACAUAUAAAAACACUAGCUAAGAAUUUGAAUAAAUCAUUAAACUACAAUCAGUGGAAAAUAAAACUACAAAGUUAUAUUUUGAAGGAAAGCUAUAAAUCACUUAACAGGAAACGGAUGACUGAUCAAUAACUGUAAAUAUUUUCUGUCACUUUUCAUUCUCUUUGUCUAAAUUUGAAAGGAAACUUUUAAAUGUGUUUAAACUUUUUUUACUUCAAUAAAUAUCUAAACGUCUUCAGCUGUUUCUGACUGCUCCUUGAAGAGAUCAAUGUGAUGUCAUGUGACACGAUUCACU